AACGCAGAUGGGCAUUGCUCCCGCCCUGAUGAUACACUCGGACCCUCAGAGCUGAACUGUUCAGACUGUCAGCAGCAUGUUAGAGAAAUGCCUCAGUACUGGCGUAGGAUGAAAUGUGGCAAUGAAACACCUACAUCUAUUAGCAAAACCUGUUGUCACUCUUGGUGUAAGCAGUUGACUUCCUGUUUCAGUCAGUUGCCUUUUUGGAAAGAAGACUGUGUUAGAAUGUGGAGGUGCAGGAAAAAUGAAAAACCUCGCAAACAGAUUUCUAUUAUAUUGACAAAUACAACAGACUCGUCGUAUUUGGGCAGAAUCAAAGUGAAACAGUGCUGGAAACUGAAUUUUCCUGCCAUUAAGAUAACACCAUCAAGCGAAGUACGUGUAUUUGAUUUUCUUGUAACAUUGUUGUUGUUGUUACUUUAAUUUCACCCUUUAGAGAGUGUAGAAACCAAUCCCACUCUUAGCCCCAGUCGGCGCAGCCAUCAAUACAAGUUCGACUUUCAAGCAAAUGAGAGGAGUGAGCUCUAGUAGAAAUUAAUGUCUUGGCGAGUACGUUUUCCAGUAUUUCCUAUGUUAUUCGUAUUUCCUAUUUAUAAUCUUGUAAUCGGUUAUUCCAUUCUUCAUGCAUUAUGUUCGUAAUACUUUGCUUAGAAACCACGGCAAUAACGUGUAAAUGGAAGACUUCGACGUCAGGAAAUUAAAACUCCUCCUAAGUUUAUUGCUGGUGCCUUGGUUAAAGAAAGCUUUUCCACAGACUGUGUCGCCCAGAGUUUAUCAAUUCCUGUAACAGUUAGGCUACUGAAGGACAUAUCUAAACCAACGACUAUUACCUUAUUGAGACUUUUUUUCGCCUUCUCAGUUUACAAACAAGAAACUUGUUGACACCAUCCUAAAGGAAUUGAUUGGCUCUUCUGGAAAUGAUGUAAAUCAAGAAAAGAUGGAACGCACUUUCCUCACUGUCACUAAUUUGGAGGAGUUCAUUGGGAAUUAUGCUCAAAAUCACCUAAAUCAAACCGUACCUAAGAUGAACAUCAGUAGUGAACAUGCAGGUAAGUGGAUCUUAAAAGCUGAUUUGGAAGUCAGCUGUUGAUUUCUAAUUCAGAGUUCAGGAUGAAUACAUGCAUCAUUCGUGGCAGAUUUUAGAAACGUUUGCUAACGCUACUACUUAUUCGACGUUUUUGGUAUAAGCUUUGUCUGUAGCAACCCUCCAUCGAAUUUUCGCGACACCUCAAACGUGUUGGACCUCUUUUAAGGCAGUUUAUAACAGCAAAUUCCUAUGGCUCAUCAGUUGUCUCCAAUUCCAAGAAUUCGUUCUAUUUUAUAUAUGUUCUUCAAUAUCGUCAUACAUAUGAAGUCAUAAACAGGGGAAAAAUGAAUAAAUAAAUUAAGAAUAUAAAAAUAAGAAACCAUUCGAAUUCAUUCCAGUGAUAUGUUUAUGGAUUUAAAAAUGAUCACCAGCACUUUAUCUGACAAUUGAAUGGAGAACGCUCCUUCGACUGAUGAUCCCUGCAAACUACUUGCAUUUACUACUUCUAAGUGAUGGUUCUUCAGUCUUUAAGUCCUAAAACUUUUGAUGACGAUAACUUGUUUAUUUUGGCCCUCACGUAAAAUAAGUCGCUGUUUUGCAAUUAGAUAUUUUGGUUAGGAAGAUUUUCCACGAAAAUGAGACUGGAGUACAACUUGAGGAUGAUAAAGGAGAAAACUACGUCAGCCUUCCUGUUACAGGCUUCGAUAACGGUUUGAGAACUAUCUUUUUCACUUUUUUUUAGCAUAGAAAAUUAUAUAUUUUUCUCGUAUUAUUCAAAUUAUUUUAGCGAUUAUCUGUGUUCUUGGUUAAAAAGGGGACUGGGUUUCAAAUACUAAAGACAUUGAAGGUAAAUGGCUGAUAUCUUAAGGUGGUUGUUUUGGUUUUCUUUUAUUUCAUUUUCAGUUCAUUUCUCCUUUGGUCGAAAUGUUUUACUCCAUAACAAGGCUGGGCAUACCAAUGAAACAUGCCAAUAAACGCGCAAGGUUUUAAACCAUGAUAACUUGUACUUUUUUCUAAAAACUCUCGAAGUAAUACAAUUGUUUCUAUUAUUUUCAUCUUAGGAUCAGUGGUACUUUGUGUCAUUUACAAAGAUCUGCAUAAAGUAUUCCAAACCGACUCUACUCCUCUCAAUAGAUUCAGGUUUGCUAAAACUUAGUAUUGCAUUUCGUAUCUUAUAUUUCAAAUUAAUCUAUUUUGGUUUGAUGAUAACCUACGAAGGGAAUGUUAAUAAUAAAAGAGAAACAUCUUCGACCUCAGUUUGAAUUUCCCCUUUGUUUUGUUUCUUUCGUUUUGAUUCUCUUUUGCUAUCUUUUUAUUAAUUUCUCUUUUUGUCCUUUGUCGGUCCGUUUGUUUGUUUGACUGGUUUUCUUUUCAUUUUUUUUUUUUUUUUAAUUUCGUUUUCUUGUUUAUUUGUCUUUUGGUUAUUCAACAGUAAUAUCUUGUCUGCAACGAUAUGGCCGAGGAACAACACUUUCAGAAAGAAUGUUACAGUGAAAUUUAAAAACCUAGCGGUAAGAUACAAUUAAUUAAGAGAGAGCUCCAUCUGCGUUCGUAACACUAUAAAGAAAUUUACACAGCGCUGAUAUUUCUGGAAAAUUCAAGCCAAAAUUUAUACUUCUUUUUGCAUCCCUUUGAUCCAUUUUUGUCUCGCUACAUAUUUUGUUGUUGUUGUUUGUUGCUGUUGUUUGUUGCUGUUGUUGUUGCUUGUUAUCGUGUAUGUUAUUGAUUUCGUUUGUUUGGUUUUGCUUUGCUUUUGUUUUUCCGUUUUUUUUUCCUUUUUUCUUUUUGUUUCGUUUUGAUUUGAUUAGAUUUGUCUUUUUUCCUUAUUAUUACUAUCAUUAUUAUCAAUGUUAUUAUCAUCAUCAUCGCUAUUCUUUUUAUUAUUAUUAUUAUUAUUAUUAUUAUUAUUAUUAUUAUUAUCGUUACUAUUAUUAUCAUUAUUAGUGUUGGGAGGGGGGGGUGGGGAAAGGGUUUUAAAAAAAAGCCGGUGAGAGCACUCCCAACUCCACAUUAGCCACCAAGUCGCUGCACUACGUAAUAUUAACAGUACUUAACGGUUUCAGGACGCACCGGAUGGAAGUUGCGUGUUUUGGAAUACUUCGGAAAACAGGUAAACAGCUUUGAAUGAAUUGAUGACAUCGUUCACUUCAAAUAAUAAAUUUGCUUAAGGACUUUGCUUUUAUGCACUGAUACAUCACAUUGUGUGUUCACCUCUUACUCCUUGUUUCUCUUACUCAUUCUUUUUCUCCUUCUCAGGCUUCCGCGUGUUAAUGUCUAUAAAACUGGCUAUUGUUUUGUUUCUUAUGUUCAUUGACUGACUGUUUUUGACUGUUUUUCUUACUGUUUCCUGGUGUAAUUCUAGCUGGUCCGGACAAGGGUGUCUCCUGCUAUCGAGGAAUGAGUCUUACACCGAGUGUAGCUGCAAUCAUUUGACUCACUUUGCCGUUCUUAUGCAGUUUGACAGGGGAACUAGCGAUAACGGUUUAACUAAGGUAAGAAUAUUGCUAAGCAUCCAUGCAUUGAUUUCAGAAGGCACUAAGACUAGAUAGCAUUGGUGUGGCACUUUUUCAUACAUUUAUAUUAAUCCAGGUAUAUGAUGUGUGGCACUCUUCCGUUACAAGUAUUGAAUCACUGUUUUUGUAUUCAUUUCUAAGACGGACGAAAAAGCGCUGGAAAUUCUCACAUAUGUGGGCUUGUCUUUUUCUCUGGUUGGAAUCACUUUAACAAUCAUCAGUUAUGCUGUUCUUACGUAAGUACAUGACAUAGUUACACGCAAGCAUUCCCAGGCAAGCCGAGAAUAUAGACUCAACAAGAAAUGAUAUCAGUUUAAAUGUGCAUAGCUAAGAUUCCUUUAAGCAGCCGAGUCGAAUCAUAAAAAUAUAACCAGGCUUUGUAUAAAAUGAGGAUAGAACUGAUGUAGAAUAAAAUCAGUCAUUUUCUUUUGAUUAGAGACAUGAGGGGGCCCUUAUCUCAGAUUCGAGUGAGUCUAGUUGCUUCACUUGGCGCAGGUCAACUUUUCUUCCUAGCCGGAAGUGGUGCUGUUGAGAACAAGGUGAGAUAUUAUAUCAAACGAGAAGAUAAGAAUCUCUUUCGGUAAAUCUUUAUGACUUUCAACCGACUCUUAGCUCAAAUUUUUCAUUCCUGUGCAGUCUGCCUGUGUUACAGUAGCAGCUUUUGUUCAAUAUUUCCUAAUGGCCGCUUUAUGCUGGAUGUUGAUCGAGGGAGUUUAUCUCUACCUGUUUGUUGUACAAGUUUACAACAUCAACGACAAGAUGAAGCUUUCACAUGGAUUUUCAUGGGGUAACUAUUAAUUAAAAACCCAUUCUCUCUUUGAUAAUCUUUUGAAAAGUAAAAGAUGAAGAUUGCCAUCAGCAUCUUAGACAUCAUCAUCGUCAUUUGACUCUGUUGUCCCUUCGAAUCCACAGGUCUACCCGCUCUCGUCGUUUCCAUAUCGCUGGGCAUUGCAGCUGGAACCGGGCCGGGGAUUAAAAGCUAUGUCAGUGAGAAGUUGUAAGAAAUAAUUGAUUUUUUUGUCAAGCGAUUUCUGUCACGAAUCCUAUUUUUUUGUUCUUUUUUUGUUUUUGUUUUUGUUGUUUUGUUUGCUUGUUUGCAUUGUUUUAAAUUUUUGUUUUUGUCUUAUGGUUGGCUUGUUUUUGUUGUUUUGUUAUUUCUUUGUUGUUUUCAGUUGUAAUCAAACAUGGAAAGUACUGCGUACAUGCAUGGGCAAACAAAUAAUUAAUUGAUAAAUUAUCCAAGUUUCGCAUAAUUAAUUUUUAUUCAGCUGCUGGAUGUCAUCCUCUAACGGCAUGAUCUGGAUAUUUUUUGUAUUCGUUGUGCUGAUUGAGUUGGUAAGUUAAAUUCCUAAAUAUUUUUUUUUUUCAUUUUUAUCUUUCACGCUUUGCUUUCAGGUAUCUUUGCAUCGUGAGCAUUUUCCCCGCCGCUCUUUUUAAACUCUUUGACUCUGCUCAAUAGUUUUCAACAAAACAUGAAAUAUAUGAAGGAUAAAUUUUGCUUGAGGUGAACCCUAUCGUUGGGAGAUGCCGUCAGCGGUUACUGUGCAAGGUUUUUAGGUUGAAAGUCCUGGUUCGAGUCUCUCUCUUGCGUUGUUUUGUUGGGCGAAACGUUUUGCGUUCAUAAUGAUUUUAGCCAUCUCCUUCCAGCUGUAUAAAUAUUUACUGACGAAUGGUCAAGGACACCUCAAAAAUGUCUUGCGGAAUGCUAGGGAAGAGGAAGGGUUAAAAUUUUGACGACCAUCCGCUAAGGCAAAUAGGACCACUUAGCUCAAGUGCAAACUCCUGUUUCCUUUAUAAAGUUUGAUUGUUUUUAGAUUUUGUUUUUUGUUUUUUUUUUUCAUUCUUAUCACUUUUUUCAGUUAAACACAUUGAUACUGGUGCGAGUUAUCAAGGAAAUGACGAUAAUGCAGCAUGUAAAAGACAAAGUCAGCGAUCAAAUAAGGUAAGUAUUUCAGCGGCGCCAGUGGUAGAUUCAUAUAAGUCAUUAGCCUUAUACUUUGCUGCCUUAUACGACUAAUGUCAACUCACAACAAUGGUAAAAGCAAAUUAUCUUGAUUUUCUUUUUUUUCCUGAUUUUAUAGGCUUGGUGUCAGGGCAUGCGUGGUGAUGAUUCCUUUGCUAGGGAUCACGUGGCUAUUUGGUCUUCUUUCGCCCCUGCAUAAAGUGUUUGUGUACAUUUUCACAAUUUUCAACUCUACUCAGGUAAAAUGAAUACAGCUUUUAGGGAUGAAAUCCGUGCUCAUACGAUACCAACGUAAAAGCAAAUUCUACAGCAAGUUGCACUACCCCUUCCUUACAAGUUUACCAGGUGGUAAACUUAGUGUAAUACAGAGACAAAGUAGAGAACUUGUGGUUAAUAGCAGUAAAGGUUUGGACAUUUUUGCUGCCCAGUAACGUUUAAUACUGAGAGGUUUAGGGUUGGGGUGGGGGGGGGAGCUUGUAUGAAAGCACUUUGAAUCUACUAAAGGCGUUAAUGAGAUUUCUGAAUUGCGAUUUAACAGGGCCUCUUAAUAUUCCUCCUUCACUGUGUGAGAAAUCCAGAGGUAUGUUAUCAAAUGUUGUUUUAAGUCUCUUUGUAAACUUUAGUUUUUUUCUCAGAGUUUUACCUAGCAAGGCUUCCACUUUGAAAUAAGAAAUUAAAUUCGAUGGUUGUAUGUAUGCGAAGCGCAUAGAGUUGUACAGUUCUUGAGAUCGUUUUGAUAUCAACUUAUUCAUGCAGAUUAGAUCUCGCUUCAAAAGAAGGAUCAACGCUGUCAACCCAACUGCAGAUGAAGUAACAGGCAUUAAGCGAGCUUCACAAGUAAAUGAAACAAUCAGCGUGAUACUGCCAAGGAAAUUGAAUGUCCAGCCUCCUAAUAAC